AUGUCUGCUAAGGCCGAGAAAAAGCCAGCUUCCAAAGCUCCAGCUGAGAAGAAGCCGGCUGCCAAGAAAACUGCUCCAAGUACUGAAGCCAAAAAGAAAGUGAGGGUAAGAAAGGAGACCUACUCCUCUUACAUUUACAAAGUCUUGAAACAAACUCACCCAGAUACUGGUAUUUCUCAAAAAUCCAUGUCGAUUUUGAACUCCUUUGUUAAUGAUAUCUUCGAGAGAAUCGCCACCGAGGCUUCAAAAUUAGCUGCCUACAACAAGAAAUCUACUAUUUCAGCAAGAGAAAUUCAAACUGCUGUCAGGUUGAUCUUGCCAGGUGAGCUUGCCAAACAUGCUGUUUCUGAAGGUACUAGAGCUGUUACCAAGUAUUCUUCCGCAUCUUCUCAAGCUUAG